GCAGAAUUCGCAGCCACUCUUCAGUCAAAGCUAUCCGGCUCUCUCGACGCCAGAACCGUCGAUCUACUCCUCGCAGACAUCGGCCACCACAUCCAGCUUAUUCACAAUGCAACACAGGUGGGCUCGACAGGUCCCCUGCCGCAGAAAUUAGCCAAGCAGGUCGAGCGACAGGGACGGGAUCUGUGGAAUCUUUGCAUCAGGCUAAGGAGAGAACUCGAUGCUCCUGAGCCGUCUCAGAGAUCCCGGUUGCUCGCCAAAGCAAGGUCGUUUGCUUUUUACAUGCUGGAGCAUGGCCGAAGUGCGGGCAGAGCCAAGAAGGAUGAAGAAACGGAAGCCAUGUACUUGAUGAAUAUGGCGUUGGCACUCGGCAAGAUUUGUGUCAGAGAUGCGGACUUGGAAUCAGCCAGGAUGGCCUUGCAGAAGGCUGCGGAGUUUAUGGAAAGACUCAAGCUGGUGCCCCCUGGUGCUUCAAAUUCCCGUGAUCAAAAGGAGCGGACAAGGCUUGACGCCGAAUACUUGGCGAUGAGAACGGCGCUGUCAUGGAAAGAGGAUAGGCUUGACGUUGCGGAACACAUGUUUGGCAAGAUCGAUGCCCUUCAGCCAACACUGGACUCCAUCUCUGCUGAGAUAAUUGCCGACACCCUGCAACACAUUGGGUUCGAUCUCGCGUCUAAAGGAGACCAUGGCAUGGCGGUAAAGUGGCUUAAGCGGGCUUACAAUAUUAUCAAUCAUCAAGCGCUUGAUCAGCUGUCAGCAAAGGGACUGGAAUUGCGACUCGCCAUUUGCCAAGGGCUAGUGCGUGGGCUUCUUGAUGUUGGCUCUCAUGUUUGUGUUCAAGAGGCCAACGACUUGAUCGGAUACAUAGAAUCCGAGAUUGGAGACAAGCCCCUCGUGCUGCACUGGCGCCUUGAACUGUUACAGAGACUACCAGGAGAGACCUUUGACGUUGACGCCUAUUCCAGUAUCCUACACCGUAUGGUUCGCUCGUUUGACUACUCCGAUGCCUCCUUCUACUUUCUUCUACAUCACAUUCGACGCCUGAGAGAGAAGAGUCCACGGUUGGCCCGCGGACUAUUAGACGAGCUUUUGCUUCAACACAUUGUCUCGUCGAGGAAGGGCGAAUGGAUUGGAAUGAUUGUUGUCAGGAGGCUCUGGAUGGUUACCGUUGAUUCGACAGAUGCGAGCAGGGACUCGUAUUCGACUGAACCUCUGACGGAUCUUCAGAACCAUAUCCUAACAAGGUACUUGACGUUCAAGGUAUCUCUAGUUGACUGGGACCACGACCUUGGGUGCGAAAGUAUCAGGCAUCUCAGUAAGCUCUCGGACAGUUCACAGGGCCGCGAUGUGUUGUACGCAUGCAUCAGGGAAGCACAACAAGUGGGCGAUAAGCUGUGUACUCUGGCGGCUCUACAAGCCAUCAUCGACGGUUGGAGGUCUGAUCAAGCAGCCCCCAGCAACUUGACGUCGAUUCUGCGGUGCUCAAUUCGCCUCAUACACAAGAUUGAAGAGGAGGCUACCAGCGCUGAUGCUGGGUCUUCGAGCAUUGCAUAUGCCGACGACAUUUGCCGAUUGUUUGAGAAAGCCGCUGAGCAAGCAGACCAGGAACCCAAGGACGAUGACGGGAAUAUCCUGUUCACAAUACCCGAGUUACAUUGGUUUCGGAAGAACGCAUACAACAUGGCGCUGAUGGCUCUGCGCUGCCAUUUCGUCAUCGCUGCAGCGCUGAUAUCACUCGCGCGCACAGAGGACAGAGUAGAGGAGCAGCUGCAGUACUACCUCGAGGCAAGACGGCACAUCAAGGGCUUCGACGCAACCUUGGAGAACAGUUUGGAUGACAAUCAGGAUGACGAGAUACAAGCAGAUUUGCUCGCAAAACUGUCAACGUUGUUCAUGUUUGACUUUGAGGCUGCCACUGUGCUCAAAGACUGGGAUGGGUUAAACGAGAUUGUGCGCAAGGCCAAGAUGUGUCGCGACGAGGUCAUGUACAAGGCAAUGGGAGACUGCAUGCUGAGAAGCAGAGCUCCGGGUAAAGCGCUCUUCUCAACCAUGCGCCUCAUCAUCAAUGAGAUGUUUGAGCUGCAGCACUUUGACUACGAGAAACUCGCAAAGUACAUUCGUUGCAUGUUCCAGGCGAUUUUAGGGCUGGACGAUGAUGCCGCUCUUCAGCUUGUAGACCAAGCUAUACAAAUAGCCCGCGAGGGCAAGGAGACGGGGACCCAACCGCCGUCUGCAGAAGUCGAAUGGCUCGUGGCCACGACGUUCAACCACGCCAUCGACUACUACGCCCGCGGAGAGGAAGAGCCGUGCCACCGCUGGGCUCUCAAGGCGAUGCAUUUGGCCGAGUAUCUUGGCGAUGGGGGGCUGUUGAGGGAUACGCUGCAGGACAAGUUUGCAAAGCUGCAGUUUGACGGGCUCAAGGCGUGA